AUGGCUUUGAACAUCCCUACACCGUUGCUGCUGGUGUUUUCUGCGGCGCUGCAAGCUGUGGUAUUGCGUGCAGCGGCUCCCCAAUAUGCCCCCUUUGAUGGCUUCAACCUGGUUUUUCUCUACUGCACACUGGUCAACUGGGCAUUGUGGUUCUUCUACCUGGUAGUCAUCUACCCUAGUUUCAUCAGCCCGCUUCGAGAUCUUCCAAUUGCCCCGGGUUCUUACCCCAUUAUUGGCCACGCCUUGUCGCAAUUCAAGCCCCCUCGAGGCGCCGACUAUCGGAAAUUUACCCGCGAAGUCCCCAAUGACGGGCUCAUUCGCCUCAGAGGCUUCUUGAACGCCGACCAGGUGCUGGUGACCAGCCCGAAGGCCUUGGCCGAGAUCCUGGUCACCAGGUCGUACGAGUUCCCCAAGCCAGAUCGAGACCGGGUCUUUCUCCGUCGCUUGAUCGGUGACGGCCUGGUCGUAGCUGAAGGCGACCAGCACAAGCACCAGCGCAAGCACAGCAUGCCCAGCUUUGCGUUCCGACAGAUCAAACUCCUGUACAACCUGUUCUGGGAGAAGUCUGUCAAGAUGACGCAGGUCAUCGAUGCUGAAGCCUUCGGUCCAGACCGUGGCCACGGAGGCGCCGAAAACCUGCCGGCGGGGGCGGUGGACAUCGAAUAUUACGCCCCGAAGACAACGCUGGACAUUAUCGGCGUGGCGGGCUUGGGCCGAGAUUUCAACACGCUGGGCAACUCGGACGACGAGAUGGUCAAAAUAUAUGACGAGUUGGUGCGCCCUUCUGUAGGGCGGCAAAUCCAUGCGGCUGUUUCUCUGCUUGGAAGCAAUGAGCUUGGAUCGGUGCUCUGCCGCUCUGUCUCCCAGCACUAUGAUCGGCUCAAUGCCCAACUGAGGCAAAUAUGCAGGCAGUUUGUGCGAGAAAAGCGGGAAAGAAUGAAGACUUCACAAGAUCAAGCUGUCGACACCCUGGCCUCGUUGAUCAAGUCAGACAUAUUCUCGGAUGAAGAGCUGGUGGACCAACUAUUGACCAUCAUAGCAGCUGGCCAUGAAACAACCUCCUCGAGCUUCUCGUGGGUAGCAUAUCUUCUUGCGCUUCAUCCCGACAUUCAAGCCCGCCUCCGUGCAGAAAUCCAUGCUGCAAUUCCGAAUGGAUUCUCGUCCACCGAUUCUCAGGACACGGGCAUAGCUUCGGUGUUGGAAUCGCUGCCUCUCCUCAACGGUGUCUGCAGCGAGGCCCUUCGUUUCAUGCCCGCUGUGCCGGUCACGAUGAGAACAACCAAGCGAGAUACUACCUUGAUGGGACACCCAGUUGCCGCGGGAACCAAAUUCAUCAUGUCUCCGUGGGCAGUCAACAAUGAUCCCGAGCUGUGGGGUCCCGACGCUCACGAAUUCAAGCCCGAAAGAUGGAUUGACCUCGAGACCGGAAAGCCAAACCAAACGGGUGGUGCAUCAACCAACUAUGCCACCCUAACGUUCCUCCACGGCCAGAGAAGCUGUAUUGGACAGAAUUUCGCACGGGCAGAGCUGAGGGCCUUGGUGGCUGCUUUUGCUGGGGCCUUUGAAUGGGCCCUGCUCAAUCCCGACGAAGAAGUCGUCCCAGCCGGGGUAAUCACGUCGAAACCAAGAGACGGCCUGAAGGUGACGCUGAAGAGGCCAAAUUCGGCACAGUUCGAAGAGGUCCAUGUCUGGCACAUCGGCCCCGAAGCAGAGCAGCACACUACAGAUCCAGUGUCGUUGAGUGCAGAUUCAAAUUUCAGUACCACACAUCACACUUCGCCAGCGCUGAGCGAUAACAGCCUCUUUAUUGACCAAUUACUCCACCAUGACCGACAUAUGGUUGGCAAGAGGACUUAUCAGAAGAGACUGUUUGAGGUGAGCUUGGCCGUGCCCAACUUCCUCCCUACGAUGGGCCAACACGCUGAAUGCUAUCUUAGGCCGAUGAAAAUCAUGUCGUUGGCACGAGUUCUCGGACAUGGCAGGGUCGGGCAGAUGAUCGAUGAAAUUCGCUCGGUCGUGACAGAGCGUCUCGAAAAUGCCACCAAGAUCUUUUGGAGUCCAGGCUCGGCAUUAUUGCGUAGGGAUGCUGAUCUGUCUGAGGAUCUGAGAGAGGAGUACAUCCAGGCAUAUUUUCGUUACGUGCAUCCGGUGUAUCCAUUUCUUGACCAGCAAUCGUUCCUUGAGGAGGUCUCCAAUCCUCAGUUCGGGCAGCUUCAGCGCAAUCACCCGGAGUGGUCUGCCCUGUAUAACACUGUACUCGCCCUCGGCUGCCAAUACCACGGCAGAGGGACGUUCUUUCCAGGCAAAGGUCUGGCGUGGCACUUCUUCAUGAAGGCGCGGGAGUGUUUCCCGAAAGCCUUGGGACCAAUGCCGACGCUGCUUCAUGUACAGACUGUCACCGCAAUGGCCAUCUUCUCUCAGAAUAUGAGUUCUUUCCAGUUUAAAGAAGACCUUCUUUCAGAAGCUGCCAGGCUCGCGAGGUGUCUCCAAUUGCACAAGUCAGAUCAGGCCGAUGAAUCCAGGACUUUCUGGGUGAUAUACCAACUCGAGAAGUCUUGGUGUUUCCAAAACUCGAGGACCUCCCUCAUCGCCGAUUUCGAUAUCGACUGUCUACCGCCAACAACCCCAGAUCCUUUACGCAGUGGCCACGACUGGUUUUUGAGCAGCGUACGACUCGCCAGGUUGUUAUCAGUCUGUUAUGAGGAGCUCUUUUCUGUGAAAGCGACGAUGUCUACUGUGGACCAAAAGCGGUCCAAGAUCCAGACUUUCUAUACGGCACUACAGACCUGGAAAGAAAGCAUUCCUGCGCAAUGGAGACCAGACAUUAUUGUUGGCAUCCCAGACGGACAAGGCCCUGAGUCCCGAGCCGUCUUGAUUCACCUCAACUUUACUUACUAUAGCAUCGUCAUCGCACUGGCGAGGCUGGCAAUACACUGUGGAAUCGAGGGAGAUCUUUCGGGUUUCGGCACUGGCGAGGUCAUGCUUCGGCGCGCUGCACGGGCGAUCUUGGAACUUACAAGUUUGAUCGAUCUCAAGGCGUACACUUCGCUUUGGGCGUUGACUACCAUGCCUCUCGCCGCCAUGUUAAUCUUGUUUGACCUUGUCAUUCAAGACCCCACCAGUGCAGACGCCAAAACCAACCUUCUCUUCCUGGACAUGGCAUCAGGCUACUUUAGUCGCCUCGAGCUUGUGACCGACGCCGCGAUGCAGACCUCUCGACUUUCCGAGUUCACUUAUAUUGCGAGAGAGUACCACACGAAAGAAAUGCUUAGGCUUCAAACUGACCAGAGCGAUCCAUCUUCAUUUCCAGGGCCACAGACGGUGUCCUUACUGCUCGGCCAAUCGACGAUAAGCAGCGCAGAUCUCGAGGGUUUGGAUACGAAUGGCAAUCCGCCGCCAGGCCCUGCUGCCGCUGCAACCCAACCAUCAGCAGGUUUGCCAGCCCGCGAUGCAGGAGAUCCUGGCAUGGUCGAAGAUUCUAUACCGACUGCAACACUCGGCGGUGCUAUGCCUCAUCUGCCAUUGGCUCCUGGGCAAUUCAGCUUUGAAGACUUGUUCAAUACAGUCGUCCUGCCAUUCGAGCAUCAGCAGACAUGGUGA